GAAGUGUUCAAAAAUCUAUUCCUUGAUUGGUAAGACUGAACACAUUGUUUUUGUCCUAUAUUCAUAGAGGAAAUCCACCAAAUUUGAGAGAGCAGAAGAAAAUUGUCCAUCUCCAUUUAUUUGACUUACCGAAAGUUUAUUUGCAGAACUAUGAGACUCCCUUCAGUAGAAUGUCAUUUUUGGUCUUCUCUCUCUUUUUAAAUGUGCAAUGGCUGGAGAUAUAGUCUAUGCUGAUAUUAAAAUUGAUAGGACUUUUUCUUUAGAAAAUUCAUCGUCACUUCAGAAAUCUGAUUCUCACCAUCAUGGCAUUUUCCUGAAAGUUGGAUGUGCAAUGAUCAUCACCCUAUUUGUAACAGUAAUUGUGCUGAGCAUUUUGAUUAUCCAGUUGAAAUAUGCAAGACAUAAUGCAGUGGAAAAUGAAUCAAAAGAGAAAUUUUGUACUGGUAAAAAUAAAUCUGGAACAAUCACCUCAACAGUUUCUUUCAAUUUCUCCACUGCUCACAAAUCAUGCCCCUCUAAAGACUGGAAGCUACAUGGAGGGAAAUGUUACUGGAUUGCUGAAGAUAAGAAAUCUUGGGAUGAAAGCAAAAAUGACUGCGCCAUGAAAAAUUCACAUCUCCUGGUGAUUCGAGACUUCAUUGAUAUGAGUUUCCUGUGGCGGUACCUCAAUACCUCAGUGUUUUACUGGAUUGGACUAUCUAUUCCACCUGGAGGGCAGUCAUGGACCUGGGUAGACAACAAACCUUUUGACUCCCAUUUGUUUCCAAUAGAAGAAAAACGGAUAACCCGGAGCAUGAAAUGUGCCCAGGUGUCUUGUAGGAAGGUUACCAACCAAAACUGUGAGCAAAAUGACCAGUGGAUUUGUCAACUCUAAUCCGCACUGCAGAAAAUCAGUCAACAUUUCUCUGACUAAAAGACACAUGACACCACAUGAAGUUUGAUGUCAGACCAUAUCAGAGUCCAGAGGGCUCUAUCUGUGUGCACACGCACACACACACACACACACAUAUGUUCAUUCGUGUGGGUAUAGUACUAUUUCUCAGAGAUGUAGGAAGGCUAAUAGAGGAAAUGAAAUGUCAUAGAAACUGAGUAGAUAGAAUGAAUAUAUUUUUCAUCUGCAUAAUCAAUGACCAAUGACUCUCUUUGCCUGUAUUUUUGGAACUUCAGUCUUCUCUACAUCUUGCCUCUACAAUAUCCUUACAUUCUUCCAACUUUAAUGACCACGACGUACAAAGCAAUUCCUCUCAAAUUUACAUCUCUGGCCCAGUCUUUCCCUGAUCACCCUAGUGCUUAUUUAACCUAUCAAAUCUAAAAUCUCAAAGGCAUUUCAAACUCAAUGUAUAAAAAUAAUUCAUUAACUUUCCUCACAAAAGGAAAAACCCUCCAGUACUUAGCCUCUCAGUCAAUGGCACAACAUAUAAGAAAUUACACAACCUAUAAACUGGCUGUCUCGUUACCACUUUCUCUCUGGCCCACACUUCCGGGCUGCUCUCCACUCUACUUCUCACAAAACCAAGUCUUGUCACCUGUUUUUUUUUUACUAAUAUCUCUCAAAUCUGACCUCUUCUCUUCACUGUUUUCACAAUCUUAAUAACAAAGAAUUAAAAUGUUAAAUAACUGCCGUAACAGGGUCUUCCUGUUCUACUCCUAACCCGUUUCAGUUACUCUCUGUCAUGCAACCUAGGUGAUACUUAAAAAAUACAUAUACUGACAGUUCACACUUUCUUUUGAAAAACACUUCAACAUCUUUCUUGAAAUAACACCAAACUCUGUAACACAGCUUAGAAAUCCCUCAUUAGGUCUCAUCCUUGCUUACUUAGUCAGUGUCUGUCUACACAAAACUUACCCAAAGUCCCAACACCACAGCCACAUUAGACAAAAUCUCAAGAACUCAUACAGAAUUUCACCAGACUGCAUUACAGACAUUUUCCCUAUAUCUUGAAUUCUCUUUUCUCUCUUCUCCAUUGGGUGAACUCUCAAACAUCCUUUGUAUAUAAGCUGAAUUUUUAAGAAUUUCUUGAGUUCCAUAACAAGGUCGAAUAUCCCAACAUUAUAGUCCUUUCCCCAAUACUUACCACAUUUUUGGUCUUACAUAUAUCAAUCUUUGAGUGAAUAUUUGAUUAAUGUUCUCCACCCUCCACCC